AACAUGGCUUGUUCGCGGUCGUAAAUCUCGAUUUUAAAUCACAAAAAACAAACUAUUGUGUUGUGAUACUAAUUAAUUAAUUUAAAAUGUUUCUAAAAACUAAAAUUUUAAAAGCUAUUCCAUUUAAAAAUCCGGUGAGGUUGCCUCUCACGUACUGGAUAUUGGUAUUUAUUCGUUUCGCCCUUACAGUCGCUCCUCAAUUAGGAUAUUUACAUCCCGAUGAGUUUUUCCAGAAUGUGGAGGUCAUGGCAGGAGAUAUAUUCAACAUCGACGUCGCAAAAACUUGGGAGUUCAACCCAAAAUUUCCGAUCAGAAACAUUUUAGUACCAAAAAUGACCCUAGGCCCACCAUUGCACUUCAUUCGCAUACUCAACCCUUACACUAAAUAUUAUUUGGGUAUAAACUUACGAACACCUUACUAUUUACUUGUUAUCCCCCGUCUGUUUGUUUGUCUACUGUCAUUUGUUAAUGAUUACAGUUUAUAUAGAAUAUGUGUCUUAUACGGUCAAAAUUUUAGAAAUAGACUGGUUAUAUUUGCAAGUUCAUAUAUUGUACUUGUUUAUUGUUGUAGAAGCUUUUCAAAUACUUUUGAAAUGGCAUUUUUUUCUGUUCUACUCCUUUUGGUCGCUGAAUGUAUGUUGAAAUCUGAUAAAGUAAUAUAUCAUGAUGAGUUUUUAAGAGAGAAAUAUGAUAAGGCAUCAACUCCAGUUGAGAAAGUUAAACUAUUUAAGCUGAAAAUGCAUUUACCGGAGCAUUCCUUGAAUCAUGUGUUUAUUUUAGCCACUCUGGUGGUUAUAGGGAUAUUUAAUCGUCCAACAUUUGUGGGGUUUGCAUUUCCGCCUAUAUUCUUCUGGCUGCAUCGUGGCUUGGGGUCUAAAGUUGUUGGGUUCAAAGACUUUCAUGUUCGUAUAAUCACGUUUAUCCUUUGUGGAGUACCAACGGCUCUGCUUCUCAUACUAGUGGACUCUGGUUACUAUGGUUACUUGACAAUGGCUGAUGUGGAGUCUAUGAAGUGGACGUGGGAUAACUGGGUGGUGACACCGCUGAACUUCCUGCGGUACAACUUGGACAUGAAGAACCUGACGCAGCAUGGGCUGCAUCCCCGCUGGCUGCACCUGGCGGUCAACGUGCCACUGCUGUUUAGUGUGCUGGCGGGGAUGGCUUUCAUCACACUGUCAACUAACACAUACAGGUUCAUCCGUGGCCACUACAGGAAACUGCCCAGGAUCCAAAGCAUCACCGGCUUGAUGCUGUUUUCCCUGGUGAUCCCCGUGGCGCUGCUUUCCCUCUUCCCUCACCAGGAGGCACGCUUCAUCAUCCCCGGACUAGUACCUCUUGUUUACCUCUACGGGAACAGGUUACAUCCAAACGAAUCCGACCUACCCAAUCACAGGAAACUUAAAAAAUUACUCCUUUUUACUUGGUUCAUACUAAAUGCCGGCCUCACUCUUUUUUAUGGCUUUAUACACCAAGGCGGCAUCUAUUCCUUCGCUAAUAGGCUACACAGAGAAAUCAAAGGCACGUACGGUACACACACAUACGUCAUAAGCACGCAUAGUUACAGCAUACCCUCGUAUUUGCUACAAUUAGAAAGUACGACGAAAGUAUAUAAAGACAGGCAUACUGGCCACAAAUAUAGGCUCACUCCAACGACCUUUCUAUACAAAUAUGGCUCUAUGCCUAUGGACGAACUCUUUACGAAAGUAGACGACGUUCUUACAAACGCCGAAAUGCUUUUACAUGAAUAUAAGAAGCAAUACAGAUUCUACGUGGCCACUCCAUGCUCUUUAGAGCUAGAAGUAGAAGAAGCAGCCAAGAAAUAUUAUUACUUUAAGUUGGUGGACGACUUUAGGUACUAUCCCCAUUUUUGUACAGAAGCGGUGCCUAAAUUCCCAAGUGACCACGACCAACUCUGCGUGGAAAGAAAUCUCUUGAAGAAUGAAUCUCGAGCUGUAGAUCUGAAUAUGUUCCAGAGAAUCUCUUGUUAUUUUAAAAAGUUUUGUCUUAAGAUUUAUAGAGUUAAUACAGUUAGUAAAUAUGAUAUUGAUAAGAUUGACAAGUAAUGUUAUUAUAUAUUCUCUUUUCUUUGUCAAUAAUUUGAGAUUACGUUAUUACCUUAUAUUAGAUAGGUUAUAUAAAAUACAUCACAUCAACAAAAGAUUAUACUGUAAAAUUCUACUUGUUUAGACUACUUUUAUAUAUUUAAAUGGCGUUAUUAUACUUAUUAUUGAUUUAAGAUAUUUUAGUGUGAUACAGUAAUCUUCAUCACACAUUCACAGUGUCGACUACACUUUUAGCUAAUAAUUUUAAACCUUAUUACAAAGAUCUAUAUAGAUGUUUAAUCUUUUGAAUUCUCUCUAUAGAGGGCGGCGCGUCAUUAAGUCAUUAUGAACCUUGCCGGAAUGCACGAAGUUUGAUAUUGGGCUGUAGCCACGCGCGCGCCAGUUGACGUCUUAAGCAAGGGGUAAAAAGAGUGUCGUGUAGGGAUACUGUUAAUAUACAUAUUGUAUAGUACGAAUUUUCUCAAAUGAUUUUAAACAAAAGCCAUUGUUUCUUUUGUGUGAGCGGUCGGCUCCCGUCGGUAAUGCAACAAUGUCGUUUAAAAAACAACUGUAUCGUGAUAGUAUUAAGGUUCAAAUGUAACAGCUCAUACGAGUUAACAUGUUUUGGUAAUGUAGAUUUGUAGAACGAUCGACCACUUCAAUGUAGGCGAGCCCUCAUAUUAAUACAUAGAUUUGAACCUUAAUACUAUCACGAUAGAGUUGCUUUUUAAAGGACAUUGUUGCUUUGCCACGUGGUUAAUACGGGAGCUAAACCGCUCGUAUAAAAGAAACUAUUGCUUUUGUUAAAAGCUUAGGGUCUUAGACGUAAAAAUCAUUUGAGAAAAUUCAUACUACGAGUAUACGCUUAAGUACUUUAUUCGUACUUAUGAAGAUUCAUUGUGUGUACUUGUGUCAAACAACUUGGAGACAAAUGCACAUCUCUCGAGAUCAACACAAUGUCACAGGGGCGGUUUCUUUGUUGUUAUAAUGGAUACAUCACAUGAUUCUUUGUCAAAUUCUUAGAAGUAGUUUGUUUGUUUGUAGUGACAAUUAUUUAACCAAAGCUUUAAUUAUUCCAUUCCAAAUGCUCAAUAUCUUAAUCUCAUAUUUUUAGAAAUUAGUUUUUAACCAUAAAAAACAUAAUGUAAUGAAGUUAUAAACUUAUUAGAGGACUUAUUUUCGUAUAUCUACUUAGGUAUAUGAUACAAAUGUAUUUGGUUUUUAGUUUUGACUCUAUUUUAUUCUUAAAUG